AUGAAUUCUAUUACUAUUUGUGUGUUUGUUAGUGUUUUCUGUGGUAUAUAUGGUGCUAUACCAUCACGGGGAGACUUUGGUAGAACUAAUCGUAACUUCAAACGAGAUCCUCAAUGCUAUGACGAGCAAUUGGUGAAAGAUCAGUUCUUCGAUGACAGUUUUAUUUGCUAUGAUAACAUGACCUAUCCAGCUGCCGAGAUUUCCUACUUUUUGGACCAUAUUAGAUUUCCUCAGAACAAAGAAUAUGCUGAAUACUUGAAACUAGCUAGUAUCUGUGUGAAGGAACAGGAUUAUUUCUCAGAUCAUAAGAGGAUUGUAGAUGAAUACAGUUACGAUUGUGUUUGUAAAAGUCCCCGAAGAUUAAUCUCUUCUGUAUAUUACCAAAAUCAACGUUGUCAUAUCGUAGACAAUCAACGACAGGGCAUUUAUCAUGCAACUUGUGGGGGUCCAUGCGCUCUUUCCUACGAUUCUAUCCUUGGUUACCAUUGUAUCAACCGAGGCUGGGUGAAGAGAACCUUCUUAGUCUAUUGUGAAAACAACGCUGAUGCUUUUACUACAUACAACCACAAUUUAAAUUUCAACAAUGUACCACUUGGAGGUUUCUACUACAUGACCAAAGAAAUGCCAACUUAUUGCGGUUGUCGUAAUUACUUUAACUGCAGAACACCAUUUUAA